UGUGACAUUUGACAAGUCAUCGCCAUUUUUGAAAUCAGUUUGAGUUUGUCAGUGGAAGGUUUUGUUGCUUUUUUGCGCAAAAAUGCCGAGUCAAGAAGUCACCACGACCAAAGUUGUGGUCCACCCUUUGGUUUUGCUGAGUGUGGUCGACCACUUCAACCGCAUGGGCAAGAUCGGGAACCAGAAACGUGUCGUGGGGGUGCUCCUGGGGUGCUGGCGGGCCAAAGGCGUCCUCGACGUUUCCAACAGUUUUGCAGUGCCGUUUGACGAGGACGAUAAAGACAAGUCGGUGUGGUUUUUGGACCACGAUUACUUGGAAAACAUGUACGGAAUGUUCAAAAAAGUCAACGCCCGGGAACGGGUCGUGGGCUGGUACCACACGGGCCCCAAACUGCACCAGAAUGACAUUGCCAUUAAUGAAUUAAUUAGGCGCUAUUGCCCCAAUUCAGUCUUGGUGAUUAUCGAUGCCAAACCCAAGGAUUUGGGGCUGCCGACGGAGGCGUACCAGGCCGUGGAGGAGGUGCACGAUGAUGGGUCCCCCACGAGCAAGACUUUCGAGCACGUGCCGAGCGAAAUAGGGGCUGAGGAGGCCGAGGAAGUGGGCGUGGAGCACCUCCUGAGGGAUAUUAAAGACACCACAGUUGGCACCCUUUCACAGAGGAUUACGAAUCAGUUGUUGGGCUUGAAGGGGCUGCAUUUGCAAUUGAGGGACAUACGGAACUACUUGAUGCAAGUCAGUGAAGAGAAGUUGCCGAUUAAUCACCAAAUUAUUUACCAGCUGCAAGAUAUUUUUAACUUGUUGCCGGAUAUUAGUCAAGAUACGUUUAAUAAGGCGUUUUAUGUUAAAAAUAACGAUCAGAUGUUGGUCGUUUACUUAGCGGCGAUGGUGCGCUCCAUUAUCGCCUUACACAACCUUAUCAAUAACAAACUUACGAAUAAAGAUGCAGAAGAAGGGAAAAAAGAAGAGAACAAAAAAGACAGUAAGGAUAGUAAAGACAAGGAUAAGGAAAAAGAGAAGGACGCGAAGAAAGACGAAAAGAAAAAAUAAGGCGUGUCUCCAGAGUAAUUUUAUUUAACACAAUUUAUAACUAAGUUUAGCUCAGUUUGUAUUAAUAAAUUUUUUAAAAAUA